GUACAUUUUUUUAUUGUGAAAUCAGCAGUUUUAAAUAACGUGUUUCUUUCGUUGCUUAAUCAUAGGCACCUUAUUAUCUCGAAAACUUUGCAGAGCGUCGCUCACAGAUCGGCGGGAACACGCCCCUGUCAUACACCGCUGGCAGCAGUUCUAAUCCCGCCCUCUUCGAACACUGCUGAUUUCGCUCGAGUAAAGUUAGUGCCAUCAUAUGACCCACCAUAUAGUAAUAUUAUAGACUCGGAACUACAUAUUAAAUGGGCUUGUUCAAAUGUCCUGCAGCCCGCUGACUCUUUGUUAUGUUAGUCUACAUGUCUGUACAGAAACUUCCUGUAACUAAGUGCAUUUGUUGAGAAAAUAUCACGGUGCUCUCCCUCUGCACGGGCGCAUUCCGUCCACCGGGUGUUUCUACCGGAGCCGAGCCGCUGCCGCCUUCUUUUCACGUAAGCAUGCGAUAGUCUCCGUCUGCCCUCCCUGCUCCAAUAUUGCACGGUGCAGAUGCUGGCAUCAUCAUCCGACCGAGCUCGAGCUGAGGCAACAGCAUGCCCCUCUCUCCCGCCGAUAAUGCAUUCCUCAGCGCGCGCGUCUAGUCCGCAUCCUAACGCGAUGAGACGCAAGGGUCUCUCCGCCGCGCUGCUGCUGGUCGUGGCAGUCACUUACCUGCUCAGCCAACUGCGCAGCUCACACAGAUGCGUCUCAAAGAGAAGCCAAGAGGAAGCAGAGAUGGCCUGUGACCCGAGCGACCCGUACGUCUUCACCACGGACGCACUGCCCUCUGACCUCCGCUUCCUGCCGCCGCUGGCCAAUGGGCUGCUGGGAUGGACAGUCUAUGACAACAUCAUGCACAUGGGCGGGGUUUAUAACGGAGAGGGCGGAGACUGUCACCGCGCCGACGUACCCUGCCCACUCGCCGUGAGGGUGAAGAUGGGGGAAGGAGAGGAGGGAAAACACACCUACAGCCUGGAUACUCGUACAGGUCUGUUCACACACAUAGUAUGUACAGAGAGUGUGUGUGUGACUCAGUCACUCUACGCCCACCGCCAGUACCCCAACCUGCUGGUGAUGGAGGUGCUGCUGGUGCGUCAGGUGACCUCUCAGGAGCCAAUCACGGUGCAGCUGGACAGCUCCUUCAGCCCACAGAGUAAAGACAUCGUCUUCCAGGAGGGCCCCGAAUACAGAGGAGCGAGGCAUAUCUUUGGGCAGACCAAAGAGUCGGAGGUUCAAGGCGGUUCCCGUCCCAGUGUGCACAUCAUCUGGACCCCACUGAUGACAUCACUCACCCUGCAGGCAGAGCAGAGCCAAUCACGGUGGGGCUUCCUGGCGGCCUUCGCCAGGAGCAACGAGAGCGCCCAAUCGUGUUUCGACACGGGGCUGCAGCUCAUCGCUGACGGCAACCUCCGCCCCUCCCACAACCGCGCGUGGGCGGAGCUCUGGCUGGGCAGCAGGCUGGAGAUCGCAGGGGAGGAGCCUCUGAGCCGCGCUCUGAUUGGCUGUCUCUUCUACCUGCUCAGUGCCUUUCCCUCAUUGGACCAAACCUCGGCAGCCUUCGGGGGGGUCAGUCCGGGGGGGCUGUCCAACGGGGGACGAGGACAGGACUACUGGGGACACGUGUUCUGGGACCAGGACACGUGGAUGUACCCCAGCAUUGCUCUCUUCUAUCCCUCUCUGGCCCGCACUGUGCUGGAGUACCGUGUAGGAACACUAGAGGGAGCUAGAGCAAAUGCUGAACAACAGGGCUAUAAGGGUGUGAAGUUCGCCUGGGAGAGUGCAGUGUCUGGUAGAGAGGUUUGUCCAGAGGACAUCUACGGUCAGCAGGAGAUCCACAUCAAUGGAGACGUCAUCCACGCUUUCCAGCAUUACUACUACCUCACACAGGACUUGGACAUGUUCCGAGAGGGGCGUGGCAGUGAAGUGGUGUGGGGCGUGGCUGACUACUGGGUUUCCCGGGUAACCUGGAGCUCUGAGGACCAAUCGUAUCACAUCAAAAGUGUAAUGCCCCCAGACGAGUAUUACUACAAUGUAGAUGACUCCGUCUUCACAAACACUGUCGCUAAGAACAGUCUUGACUUCGCUGUGGAGUUAGCUGCUCUGCUGCAGUACCCUGCUCCUCCAGAGUGGCAGGCGGUGGCUGAGCGGCUCAAGAUCCCCUUUGACCCCGAUCUACAGUACCACCCAGAGUUCAAAGGUUACAAGAAGGGAGGUGUGGUGAAACAGGCGGAUGUGGUGUUGCUAGGAUACCCGCUGGGCCUCCCAAUGAGUGCCGCGGUCAGACGGAAUGAUCUGGAAGCAUACGAGCCUGUCACUGAUCCGCGUGGCCCUGCUAUGACCUGGGGCAUGUUUGCAGUGGCGUGGAUGGAGUUAGGAGAGACUGAGAGAGCACAGGAGCUCCUGGAGAAAUGCUACAAAAACAUCCAGGGACCUUUCCAGGUGUGGAGUGAGUCGACUGAUGGGUCAGGAGCAGUGAACUUCCUCACAGGGAUGGGAGGCUUUCUGCAGGCUGUGCUGUUCGGCUACACCGGCUUCAGGGUCCAGAAGGACUGCCUGUCCUUCUCUCCGGUCCUCUCGGACGCCGUCGCCGAGCUCAGCGUGACAGGAGUCAGUUACCUAGGCAACAAGCUCAACUGGCUGGUGAAGGGAGAGGAAGUCAGUGUGAAGCUGUGGGAUCUCCCAGUGCAUGCUGGGAAGGCGGCCGCUCUGGAGGUGGUCCUCAAAGCCUCAGGGACCAGGAUCCCCCUCACGCCAGGCCAAACAGUGACUUUCCCUCGGGAGGCAGGUGCACUGAGAAGGCGGGACUCGGCAUACUCCUGCUGGCCUAUUUGACAAUCCCGCUGCCAAUCAUUCAUCAGAGUGGCCCGGGACCCGCCUGCUGUCAUCUCACCUCGAUCAGAGUCUUCAGUCUUCAUCUAAAGGAAUAUUUGGAGACGGAUCUACCACAGAUACACCUCUGCCUUACAAGACACACACACACACACACACACACACACACACACACCUCAGCUCAUUCAUGGAGGACUGUAUGAGUCUAUGCUGCUGUGUAAAACCAGGGAAUCACGCGCACACAUACACACACACACACACACACCUCAGCUCAUUCAGGGAGGACUGUAUGAGUCUAUGCUGCUGUGUAAAACCAGGGAAUCACGCACACACACACACACACACACACACACACAAUAUAACUACACACAAAUGUACAGGGGAAAACACACUCAAUACAUAUCAUACACUCCAUUAAAUAAUCAUUGGACACUUUCUAUGAUCCUGUUUGAACAAGGGAUCUGCCUGUUGACUGGAUGUAGUGGUCAGUUUUAGCUAGCUGUGUUUGUGUAAUCGUUGUAUACUCUUAGUCUCACUGAACAUACCUAUCAGUCCAGAGCUCCUCUGGCUGUCUGUCUGAUUUACUCUCAGGUAACAUGUGACACUGUGAUCAUGCUGAAUAAACACAACAGACCAGAGAC